GCACAAUGCAUAGGUCCCUCUCUCAUCCCCUCAUACUGGCACCAUGUUAUUACCGACAAGCCCCUCCUCACACUCGGACUCUCCGUCCGUCUCCUCCGCGCGGUUUUUAUUUUAAUCACAUGAUUCGCGUAACAGACACGCCCCCUGUUCGUGACGCAGGGGUGAGGGGCGUGGCCGCUGCUGUUGACUAAGUUUGGCACCAAGCGGAUACGGUCCUCCACGUGACCGGGCAACGGCAGCAGCGCUAGAGAUGGAGGCGGCUGCACGUAACGAGGAGGUCCCCUUAAUUUUACCUACAAAUGGGUCGGUGAAAAAAAAAUUCAGAGCCAGGAAAACAAUGACUGCAAGCUGUCGACAGCAACUGGCCAUACUAAAACUGAAAAGCUCUUCCAAAAGUGAGAACACCCUUAAAGAUCCCCCUAUCAAAGAUGUUCAAGAGACAGGAUUAUUCUGUGAAACCAACUUUACAGAACAAGAUACCUCUCCGUCUAAACUAAACAAAAGCCCAUCUGUAUUUCCAAAUGGACUGAAGGUUUCUAUAGAGGUUUCCCAAGUGAACUCUGGGAUUAACAUUGGAUGUUCAUAUAAUGAAACCUGGGAAGGAAUUACUAAAAAAUCUGAAGAUGCCUCAUUCACUCACACGGCACAUUUCAUGGUUCAAAAUAUCGACUCUGCUGCAACAGAAACUCACAUUACUGGUUUAGAUGAAGUCACCUCAGCCACAAGUACUGAAGGUGAAGUCUUGUGUGAGAGCACGCUACAGACUGCGGAGAGACUGUGUGAGAAGGAUGGACAAAUGGAGUGUGAACAGGCAGAUAUGGAAUGCAGUACUAUUCCUGAAAAUCUGAACGCAUCAAUAACUGUAAAAAUAAUUGACAAAGACCAAAGCUUGGAGAAUACUUCAUCUAUUGAUGAUGUGACGAUGGCAGAACCUCCAAAUACAGACAGCACUGUAGCUCCCAGAAACAAGACUGAGUCCUCCAGUUGCACUACUGAUGUUUCUAAUGCACUUACUUGUCCUUCUGACUUCACUCCAGUUUCUAAUACAGUCGAACCCGUGCACCAUAACAAUACUGUUGUUGGUGUCUGUCAAAAGAAGAGGACUUGUUCAGAAAGCAGCGAUGUUCCUGAUGCAAAGCGGGCCAAAACAUCACACACUGUUCUAUUAGAUGAGAUUCAGUGUCUAAUUGACAGGCGAAUACAUGUACUAUUUGAAAACACCUUUGACCAAAGGAUGCAAACUUUAAUGCAUCAAGCCAAUCUUAUCCGCAGAACUGGGCGCCACACUCAUGACAUUGCUAGGCAUCUGAGAACCAUAAAGAGACUGGAAAGACGCCUAAAAUACGCUGUACACCUUCAGGGACAGCAUGGCACUAAAUUGACACCUGUCAGUUCUUUACCUGAGGAGCCACCGAAUCCAGACGCAACACCUAAUGCUUCUACCAACACUCCACCAGAAGAAGCAACAGAAUCCCCUCCCAGACCACCUUCCGCACUAAAUCCCACCACCACAUGCACAGAUCUUGUUGUACUUAGUGAUAAUGAGUCUGAGCAGCCAAGCAAUUCAGAACCUACAAACAGUGCUUCCAAAAAAGUGGGCAGCGCAGCUAUGCACAAAAUCAUGGAAUCCAUCAUGGAGCAUAGGAGGAGAGCACAAACAGAUAAACCAGUCAAGGCCAUUAUAGAUCUUACAGAUGAGGAACAAAAACUUGAUAAAGAAAUACACAAGGCUGCUGAAAAUGUGAUCCCAAAUGGUGGCUUGCCUGCAUCGUCAGCAUCACCAAAAGAGAAUGUUAGCACUGAAAAGGUGUUUGGUAAAUGCUCCGACAAGAAAGACCUUCCAUUGAGCAAUGGUAAAGAAGCCUCUCUAAGCUGUGAUGCGAAUGAAAUAAAACAGUCCGUCCCUAGAUCUCCUCAAACAGAGAAUGUAAAUGAGACAUUGGCCAAAAAGCUACAAACUUCAUCGAACCCUGAACCCGCAGCACUAAAGCCUCCACAAAAGCCUCAGCUUAGACUUGCUCAGGUCCAAAACCCUAAAGGCAUUGCCCUGUCAUGGAAUAUCACCAACGUUGAUCCCAGCUGUGCACCGGCCACAGCCUAUUGCCUUUAUGUACACCAGGGAGAUCCGAACAACCCCAAGAAACUAUGGAAAAAGAUAGGUGAAAUCAAGGCUUUACCAUUACCAAUGGCCUGUACGCUUACACAGUUUCUUGAGGACACUACAUAUUCCUUUGCCAUGAGAGCCAAAGAUGCCAAUGGACGUUUCGGACCACUGUGCGAUAUACAGUCUACUACAUUAAAGACUAUAAGCUCUUCCAAGAAAUCAUAGCUUGUCUAUGUUUUACCUCUGUUACCCAAAGUACGAGUUGUUUUCACUCAUAUUGAGUCAUGAUAAGUUGUUUUCUUUUAUAGUUCUAUUUUAAAGCUCCUUUUCUUUGUAGAAUCCAUUGUUUUACUGCUGGUUUUGAGCUGUACGGUAUGAGAUCAUGCCCAGGAACAGGUUGUCUUUCUCUGUUUGCUUUUAUAAUGAGUUCAACAAUCCACACAUUUUUUAAAGGGGUUUUCUGGGGGGGUGGGGGGAGGAAACAUUGACAACUUGUCUUUAGGCUAGGCCAUUGAUGAUUGAUGAGAGGCAAUCCCUGGGACCACCACAUGAUGGCAUAUCUGUAAUGUUUAUCUAGGCACAUCUUCUCAUCUGUGUUUGUGACUGUGAGAAAUACAGCAUCAAGCCCAAUUUACUUGAAUGAGACUAAGGUACAGAACUAAGUUCAGUAGCACAUACACACAAGCCACUGAGCCUAGAUAAACCUUACUAAGUACGGUAAGGGUAUGUUCACACUGAGGAAUUCCCGCAAAAUUCCGCAAGUAGAAUUUCACGCAGUGAGUAGUACCGUCAGUGUGAAUGGGUCUUCCGCGAGACCCGUUCACACUGCAGAAUUUCACAAAAUCCGCCGCUGAAAUUGUUCCACGCAAAGAAAGAACAUGUUCAUUCUUUGUGCGGAAUUCCGCAAGUACUGCAUAGCCAUCAAUGGUGCCUUGCAGUCCUACCUCCGAAGUAUUUUCGGCAGCGGCCGCCUGAUGGAAUCUCCGUUAGCGUAAUUCUGCAGUGUUAAUAUACCCUAAGAGUAAACUGCUAUGCUGCUCCCCUUUUACUGGGCAUCUAUAUUGUCCCAAUAUGACACCACUUCUGGUUCUGGACUGCUGCUCUCCAUGUCUAAAUUAUGAGAAAGUGAUCUUUGGCCUGCACUGAAACCUGUUUUGUGAAUCAGCAAGUCAUUUUCCCUUAACUCUAUCUGGUAAGAACAGAAGCAGGGCACCCAUUUACUUUAAAGUGUACCUAAAAGUUUACAUAACUUCUGACAUGUCCUAGAGACUGAUUUAUUGUAGACAUGUACGAUCAAUAAUUUCCCC